AGCGUAGACCAUGGCUUGUUGCCCCUGUUGGGAGGGAGUGUUUGGAACUGGUGAUGCAAAAUUGGAGCUCAAAAAUCGCAAAGUCCCGGUCUCUGCGCUGAUCUUGGGUUGCGCUCCCAUCGGUUGUGGUUGGGCCGGCGAUGUGCCGGAGUCGACCGCUGAGAGCACAGUUCUGCAGGCUUUAUCCUUGGGCAUCCGGUAUGUGGACACUGCUCCCUGGUAUGGCGCCGGACUUUCUGAACAACGGUUGGGAAAGGCAUUGGCUACAGCGCAAAGUACGACCAAGGAGCAGGUAGCUGUAUCCACCAAAGUGGGACGUUACAUGGUGACAAAAGUGGAGGCGGCCAGUCAUGGAACCAGGGUUGACAGCGGUUACGAUUUCAACACGGAAAACUACCACAACAACGUUCCUGUCUGGGACUACCGCAAGGAAGGCACUGAGGAGAGUUUGCGACAGUCCAGGCAGCGCCUGCAACGCAACUUCAUCGACUGCUUGCGAGUUCAUGAUGCUGAAGAUCCGGAGCGAUGGGAGGAAGCUUGCAGUCCUGAUGGAGCCAUCGCCGUGUUGGUGUCUCUCAGGGAGAAAGGUGAAAUCGGGCAGGUUAGCCUGGGUUUCAACAGUGUGCCGUACCUCAUGAAAACCAUUCAGAAGUAUCCCAAUGGCACUUUUGACAACAUCAUGAUGGCUCGGACUUGGAACCUGCUGGACCAGUCUUCCUAUCCUCUACUUUUGGAAUGUCAAAAACGAGGAAUCAAGGUACAUUUGGCUGCUGUCUUUUGCGCCGGUCUGCUGUGGGGGCAGAACUUUUUCAUGUACAGAAGUGAGAUCCCACCCGAGCUCACAGAGAAGGUGGCACGCUGGAAGGAGCUGAGCACAUCCUAUGGCUUCAGCCUGCCACAGGUGGCUUUGGCAUUUGCUUUCUUGCCCAGCUGUGUGGAGAGGGUUGCUGUUGGGUGCGCUUCUCCUGAACAAGUGCGUGGCAACGUGGAGUUGUGUGAUGUCAAAGUGCCUCUGGAGCUGUGGCAAAAGGCUCAGGCAUCAGGACUGUUGCCACAGCAUUUGCAGAUCUCUGAGUGAGGGACGAUUCAGCCGAAGUCGUAGAAAGACAUGAUAGACUGAUCACUUAACAGUCAAAGCUAGCAGAAAUGGAUGAACAUGAGCAGGUUUUGG